ACAGCAUAGAACAGCUGCUUCCUCGAAAGAAUUUUCCCCCAAUCGAAGGAUUGUUCAAUUUUGGCGGCGCAGUAAACAUGGCGGAAGAGUUGGAAGCUAGCUAAACAUGGUGGCUACAAUUGCAGGUUGUAGCGUAUCCUGCAAGCUGUCUUUGGACGAUCUGCAGGCUGUCUGCCGCAGGGAAAGACUCCAUUGUAAACAGCUACGGGUGAACAAGCAUAACAUCGAUGACUAUGAGGUUGAGUACCUCUGUGACUACAAGAAGUCUAAGGAGCAGGAGUCCUACCUGGUUAAAUGGAAGGGCUACCCCGAGUCGAGCAACACCUGGGAGCCCCGCAAAAACCUCAAGUGCAGGAAGCUAAUGACGCAGUUCCACGAGGACAUGGAGCACGAGCUGAGGCAGAAGAAGAGACGCACCACCUGCCCCAAGCGGCUGGACAAGGACGUGGCCUGGACCCUGGUGCAGAAAGCCAAGCUCCGCAAGAGGCUCCAGUGCUGGGAAGCCGACCUGAACAAGACUCGUAACCACCCGGGGCGCAUCUUUGUCCUGAACGAGGUGGACCUGGACGGUCCGCCCAGGGACUUCACCUACAUCACUAACUAUAAGGUGGGCGAGGGCAUCGUGCUCAACGAGAUGGCCGUCGGCUGUGAGUGUAAGGACUGCUUUAGUGAUCCGGUCGGCGGCUGCUGCCCCGGGGCCUCCCUCCACCGCCUGGCCUACACUGACAAGGGCCAGGUGCGAGUGCGGGCUGGGGAGCCCAUCUACGAGUGUAAUGCCCGCUGUAGCUGCGGGCCUGACUGCUCCAACCGCUUGGUCCAGAAGGGCAUUCAGUUCGACCUGUGCAUCUUCAAGACUGGGAAUGGCCGAGGCUGGGGCGUACGUGCACUACAGCACAUCAAAAAGAACACCUUUGUCAUGGAGUAUGUUGGAGAGAUCAUCACAUCGGAUGAGGCGGAGAAGAGAGGACACCUGUAUGACCGGCAAGGCGCCACCUACCUGUUUGACCUGGACUACGUGGAGGACGUUUAUACGGUGGAUGCCGCUAACCAUGGCAACAUCUCCCACUUUGUCAACCACAGUUGCAACCCCAACCUGCAAGUAUACAAUGUGUUUAUAGACAACCUGGAUGAGAGGCUCCCGAGGAUAGCAUUAUUUUCCACACGCUCCAUCAGGGCAGGAGAAGAGCUCACUUUUGACUACAAGAUGCAAAUUGAUCCAGUUGAUGCAGAGAGCACAAGGAUGGACUCAAAUUUCAGUUUAGCGGGACUCCCAAGCUCUCCCAAAAAGCGGAUUCGGGUGGAGUGCAGGUGUGGAUCUGACACAUGUCGAAAGUAUCUCUUCUGAUAUAGAUUGGAAGCGGAACGUCAAAGCUAGAACAGACACAUCAUAUAUUUUGGGGAAUUCUGAAAGUUGUACAGCGUUUACAUGACUUUAUAUUUGUCUACUUUUACUUUACUUUCAUUAACUUUUAAGCCACAUUGGCGCAUGGGUGAUAUCAAAACUGAUAUGUUUGGGGACAUAAAAAAUAAAUCACCAUAUCUAGUAUGUUGGUAAACGAUUUUAGUGAAACAAUGAACAAUAUGGUCUACAUUCACAAAUCUGCGUUUUUAAGAAUUUCUUCAGAGAUUAUACACUGCGUGUACAAAACAUUAACAACACCUGCUUUUUCCAUGACAGACAGACUGACCUGGUAAAAGCUAUGAUCCCUUAUUCAUGUCAAUUGUUAAAUCCACUGCAAUCAGUGUAGAUGAAGGGGAGGAG